AUGAAACUUAAGAGUCUUACAUGUUUGAUUCUUUCUUUAGUUUUGCUUAACUUGAGUGUGGAAUGUGUUCUCGGGGAUGGGUCUGUGGUGGGUCCUGUGAGGUAUAGGGACGAUGAUUGUUGGUGGGGCCGGCGGUGUGGUGGACGUGGCCGGUUUGGACGCGGUGGUGGUGGAGGUUUUGGAGGAGGUGGAGGUAGAGGUGGUGGUGGCGGUAUUCGUUUACUCGACAUUAGAGAGAGAGAGAGAGAGAGAGAAAACAAACAAAAGAGAAAGCUUCGAGAUGGAUUCAAAGCCAGAGAUUCUUCCUCGAUCACACCCUCUCCUCCUCAUGGUGGUGGGUUUGGAGCUGGAGGAGGAGUUGGUGGCGGAGCUGGUGGAGGAUUAGGUGGUGGAGGUGGAGCUGGUGGUGGUGGAGGAGGAGGUGUUGGAGGUGGUUCCGGCCAUGGUGGCGGAUUUGGAGCAGGAGGAGGAAUUGGUGGCGGAGCUGGAGGAGGAAUCGGGGCUGGAGGGGGAGUUGGCGGUGGAGCGGGAGGAGGUGUUGGGGGAGGCGGUGGACUAGGUGGUGGUGGAGGAGGUGGUGUGGGCGGUGGAUCUGGACAUGGUGGUGGAUUUGGUGCUGGAGGAGGCAUUGGGCACGGUGGUGGUAUUGGUGGCGGUGCUGGUGGAGGUCAUGGGAUAGGACAUGGUGGAGGAGGAGGCUUUGGGAUUGGAAUAGGAAUUGGUGUUGGGGUUGGUGAAGGCUCCGGUCAAGGUUCUGGCAGCGGAAGCGGUAGUGGCGGUGGCAGGCACCGUUAA